AUGCAGCAAUAUGCCAUCCUGACGCUCAUUCGACAUGCCGAAACGACAGGCAACCUCAACCGCCUCCUCCAAGGCGUCACCGAUUCGCCCGUCACCGUAUUCGGCCAAGCUCAGAUCGAUGCGCUAGCACGGACGUGGUCCACCACUCGGACCGUCACAGCGCAAGGUGCUGCAGAUGAUGUCAAAUUCGUGAAAGAAGCUGUCGUAUCGAAACUCGAUCUACCUCCGCCGACACUGAUCGUCUGCAGUCCUAUCGGCAGGGCACGAAAGACCGCGGAGGCUGUCCACCGAGCUUGCACGUCAACCGAACAACAGAGCGCCGGUAUCUCCGAGGAUGCGAUCGCAGAAGGAUCUAGAGCCACGCUCGCUUCCGACUUGCAUUCGAAGCCAGGCCUGCCGUUGGUAAUUGAUCCUGGCCUGAAGGAGAAGGAUUUCGGAUGGAAAGAGUCGACGCGAGGUGGUGUCCAUGUAGCCGGCUUUCCCAAAGGUCACGGCAAUGGCGAGUCUCGCACCGACUUUGCAGCCAGAGUCUACAAAGUAGGUCUAGAGUGGCUCAAUGCUGCCUCUGUUCUGGGCUUUUCACCUUCAUCUGAGGCAGACCCCACAUCAGUACCGCAUAUCGUCUUGGUCUCCCACGGAAUGUGGAUCUCGACCUUCCUGUCGGCACAUCCUCCGACCACCAUCACGCAGGCAAUGGGUCAGCCAACCUACUUGCCGUUCGCUGCCAACACGGGUAUGUUCAGUCUCAAAGUUCACCCAAGAACACCAGAGGCUGUCACGACGAGACCUGUGACAGAACUGUUCAAAGCAAACGAUAUCCGUCACCUGGAACAUGUCAAACGGCAAAAGGGAGGGAUAGGCCGAGGAGCCUUCGAUAGCAAGCAGACCAAGCUCAGCUCUUUCUUUGCCAAGCCGGCGAAAGAAGAGCAAGAGGCAUCACCCACCAAGAAGCGCAAGAUGUAG